AUGGCUCUCUCCCAGCAAAUCACUACCCCGACCUGCACCUACGAGCAACCCCUCGGCCUCUUCAUCAACAACGAGUUCGUCAAGGGCGUCGAUGGCCGCUGCUUCGAGACCAUUAACCCCCACAACGAGAAACCCAUCGCUGCCGUCCACGAGGCCACCGAGAAGGACGUCGAUGUUGCUGUCGCUGCUGCCCGGGCCGCCUUCAACGGGGCCUGGAAGCAUGUCACCCCGACUAACCGGGGCCGCAUGCUUAUCAAGCUGGCAGAGCUGAUGGAACAGCACUGCGACGUCCUCGCUGCCAUCGAAGCCCUCGACAACGGCAAGGCCUACUCCAUCGCCAAGAUCGAUGUCGCCCAACUCUGCUGCUUGCAUCAGGUCAUCGACACCGACACGGAAUCCUUCAACUACACCCGCCACGAGCCCAUUGGGGUCUGCGGCCAGAUCAUCCCUUGGAACUUCCCCUUGCUCAUGUUCGCCUGGAAAAUAGGCCCCGUCAUCGCCACCGGAAACACCGUCAUCCUCAAGACCGCGGAACAGACCCCGCUCUCCGCUCUCUAUACCGCCAAGCUCAUCGUCGAGGCUGGUUUCCCUCCAGGCGUCAUCAACAUCCUCUCCGGUUUCGGCCGCACCGCCGGCGCUGCCAUCGCCGCCCACAUGGACAUUGACAAGAUUGCCUUCACGGGCUCCACCGCGGUCGGUCGCCAGAUCCUCCAGGCCGCUGCCAAGAGUAACCUCAAGAAGGUCACGCUCGAACUGGGCGGCAAGAGCCCCAACAUCGUCUUCAACGACGCGGAUAUCGAGAACGCCAUCUCUUGGGUCAACUUUGGUAUCUACUUCAACCACGGCCAGUGCUGCUGUGCCGGCAGCCGCAUCUUGGUCGAGGAGGGCAUCUACGACACCUUCAUCGAGCGCUUCAAGGCUCGUGCCCAGCAGAACAAGGUCGGCGACCCGUUCCACAGCGAUACUUUCCAGGGUCCCCAGAUCUCCCAGGUUCAGUUCGACCGCAUCAUGGGCUAUAUUCAGGAAGGCAAGGCCUCCGGCGCCAAGGUCGAGAUUGGCGGCGAGCGCCUGGGGAACCAGGGCUUCUACAUCCAGCCAACUAUUUUCAGCAACGUCACGGAGGACAUGAAGAUCGUCAAGGAGGAGAUCUUUGGACCCGUCUGCUCCGUGCAGAAGUUCAAGAAUGAAGAGGAGGCUAUCGAAAUUGCCAACAACACGUCAUACGGUCUUGCCGCUGCCGUCCACACCACGAACCUCAACACCGCCAUCCGUGUCUCCAACGCACUGAAGGCUGGUACCGUCUGGGUCAACAACUACAACAUGAUCUCUUACCAAACUCCUUUCGGCGGUUUCAAGGAGAGCGGUCUCGGCCGUGAAUUGGGAGAAUACGCACUCGACAAUUACACUCAAAUCAAAUCCGUCCGCGUUCGCCUGGGUGAUGCGCUUUUCGGUUAG